AUGACACCAGGUCGGAAUACUGUAUACUUUAUUGACCCAGUUACCAGACCGGUUCAUGAUGCCUGGGUAAAACAGCUCAGCGACAUCGACCGAAUGCAACGACAAUUUCUGCAAGCGCUUCAAGAUCCAACUCGAUUCGUGACAAGUACUGCAGGCUCAGAAGAUGACUCUCCAUUGGAAACAGCCAGACAUCUUGAUGAGUGUUAUGGUAUGUAG